AUGGCCUCCCUUCGGUCUACCUCGUCGCUCCUUCGCGCAGCCCGCCCUCUCUUCCGCCCUGCCGUGUUCUCUCGCACAUAUGCAACUGUCGAAUCUCAGACUCCGGACGGUCUCUGCAUCUGCCAGCUCCACAAUCAAAGAGCCAGCUCCUUCGGAGGGUGCCAAAUCAAAACAUUCCAGAUCUACAGAUGGGAUCCCGAUCAGCCUUCUGAAAAGCCACGCAUGCAAUCGUACACCGUUGACCUGAAUAAGACGGGUCCCAUGGUACUGGAUGCGUUGAUUCGGAUCAAGAAUGAGGAGGACCCAACUUUGACUUUCCGAAGAAGUUGCAGAGAAGGUAUCUGCGGUAGCUGUGCCAUGAACAUUGACGGAGUGAACACUUUGGCUUGUUUGUGCCGUAUUCCCACCGAUACCGCCAAGGAGACCCGGAUCUAUCCCCUCCCUCAUACGUACGUUGUCAAGGAUCUCGUGCCCGAUUUGACUCAUCUCUACAAACAAUACAAAUCUAUCAAACCGUACCUUCAACGCGAGACCAAGCCUGAAGAUGGAAAAGAAAUCCGCCAAUCCCCUGCCGACCGCAAGAAGCUCGAUGGCCUCUAUGAAUGUAUCCUCUGCUUUUGUUGCUCCACCUCCUGCCCAUCCUACUGGUGGAACAGCGAAGAAUACCUUGGCCCUGCUGUCCUGCUUCAAUCUUACAGAUGGCUGGUCGACUCUCGUGACGAGAAGACUGCGGAACGCCGUGCGGCUCUUGACAACAGCAUGAGCGUAUAUCGCUGCCACACCAUCAUGAACUGCACGAGGACUUGCCCCAAGGGGUUGAACCCUGGCAAGGCCAUUGCUGAGAUUAAGAAGCAGCUGGCAUUCGCGUGA